UUCAUAUACAGACGACUCAGACAGGAUAAUAGUGUCUGGUGCUCGUUCCCAGUAACAGGUUGAGUCUGUUGCUGGUUCCCAGUAUUGCGCUGCGACUGCUGACCACUAGACACUCUGCGUCUCCACUAGAGGGCAGACACACAACAUGUCACAAAUGAGGUCUGUCUCAGUUCCUUUUGUUUGGGGCUUUUAUAAGAUUGAGCUGGUUGUUCAUCUCUGUUUGAUGACAACUCAAUUGGAACAUGCUUCUGUAGUAUAAACACAAAGACACAAACGUAUUCACUGAGGAACACAGCAACAAAACAGGAAACGCAUCCUCCGAAACAGGUGGGUAGAGAUGACCUGUUUAACAGUGUUUAACUUCCAUCCACGUUCAUCCUGUUUAAGUUGUUCCUAAUGAAUGUGUAAUACACAAUAAUAAAACAAAUACAUGAGAUAAAAAGUACAUAUAUACCAGCAUUUUACAGAUUUUUUUUUUGGUGACGUUGUGGCACCGGUUAGAGGCGGCCCGUUUUCCUUUGACUAUUCUAAUGAGGGCAGGGUUGCUUCACUUCCACAUCCAUCAGUGAGCUCAUUCAUUCACCUGCAUAGAACAGAACCCGUCCACAUCUGUGUAAAGGAGAAAUAACCAAAGACAUCACUGAGCCUGAAAAAGAUGGAGCAGUCGAUUGCACCAAAGGACGACCGCUGGCCGGCGUGUGAGGCUGCGGCCUCCACCACCGGCCACAGGGGAGAGGUCGCCAGCAGCCGCCCCCCUGCCGAGGUGCCGCUGAGCAACCCGGACGCGCUCCUGGUGGGUCUGCUGGCAGCCGUGGGUGCAGCCUGCGGGGGCUUCACCGGGGCGGCGGCCGGGGCGGCCGGGGCCGCGUGCGCUGCCGCUUACAGCCUGUUCGGCGAGGACACCUCGGCCCUCGGCGCCGCGGCGGGAGUGCUGGGCAGCAUCGUGGGCGGGGCGGUGGGGGGCGCCUUCUGCGGUGCCGUGGGUGGAGCCGUGGGUGGAGCCGCCGGCGCCUCGGCGUCCGCGGGUCCAGGAUUCUGGCUGGCGUCGGACGCGGCGCUGGCCACGCUGGGCUGCGCCACUGGUGGGGUCAUCGGGUGCAACUUCCACAGGACGGUUGGCGCCGUGGGCGGAGCCACGGGCGCGGCCUUCGGAGCCCUGGUUGCACGGGACUUCACGAGCCGCUUGGUGCAGUCGCUCAGGGAUCUGGGGCUGAACGGAGAUGUGGAGCAACUGAUGCAGCCUCUCCAGCGGUUCAUCGAGCAGCGAGACAAAGACGCACAGACGCCUUAGAUGGAGGAUGCUCAGAGUGACAGCCUCUGCUCCACCGGCGGCUCCGAGCCUCAGCGUUCACGUGAUGAUGAUGAUGAUGAUGGUCUCUAUUAACCACUGAAUGCUGCUCAGCACCUUUCACUGUCUUCUUAAAAAUCCAACUGUUUCAGCUUCUGUAUGUUUGAUCAGCAGCUCUCAUCUUUCCCUUUCAUCCUGGUUUGACUUGAUUGUUUUUAUUUUAUUUGAACGCAUAAACUUAACAUCUCAAUAUAAAGACAAUUCAAAUAAAUGUUUGGUGUUGACAACAGAAACCUGCAAAAGAAAUAUUAACACUUGCAUGAACAGAACUGAAGUAAAGUUGCUCUAAAGUUCUAUGAGACUAAGCAGAAACUAAAUUUACUGCCACCUAUCAUAUGACAGCUCCAGCAACAACAUAAAUCUUCAUUCAGAGAAGAGGGAAGUAGAUGCUGCCUCAGGAAUCUCGUUUUCACUGGCAACAGCUUUGUAACUGAAACUUCCUCAUGGACGGGACUGUAAAACAACCGGCUGUACAAAAGCAGCUCGUCAAAUUAAACCCAGAAUCUGGACCACAGGCAUGCAGGAGAACGGGUUCGAGGCAUCUGCGGCAUUCUUAUCGUUCUACUAUUCAUCCAUCAACUCCGUCCAGUCUGACAAGCGUUGGCAGGAGACCCAGCUGGUCCCCCUUCACAGGCCGCGAACAGCUGGAGUACUGAACAGCUGGAGGCUAGAGGAGAGAAGCAUCAGCACUUUGUCUGAAUGGGAACGAGAUUUGACAAAUUCUGAGCAAAAACAAACACAGUAAAAUCAGUAUAAAAUACUUUAUUGAAAUGCAGAAGUAAAAGUAGGUUUUAAAAAUAAUUUAAAUAUAUUACAAAUCUUAGCAUAAUUUGAGGCUGACUGCAGAAAGAAGAUCAACAUAAAAUUAACCAAUUUAAAAAAUAUAUCAAAAUGAUUGUGAUGCUUCUUUAGAUUCAGGUUGAACUGAGGCUGUGAGGACGAAGCGUUUGGCGAUUUAACGUUAAAUGUUAAUUCUUAGAGCUAUUACAAAUAAUUUUAUGGAUCUCAUACUAGAGAAGCUUAUAUGUAGAUGUAUGAAAGUAAAAUUAUGUCAAAUAUCAAAUAUUUGGCAGGUAUGGGCUGAAGUAGCGCUUGGAGGUUCAGUUGGUGGCGCGUUGGCUUGAGGAGCAGAAGGUCCCAGGUUCAAAGCGUGUCCUGGGGUGAGACGCUACACUCUGCUCCCCGCGAUGGGGAAAACGCAUCCCCAAUGUGGGAUCAAUAAGGCUCAAUUAUAUUAUCAUUAAUCAUUUUCAUUAUUCAUAAUUUCACUCUCAGAUAUCUAUACUUUCAACUAGUAGCAUAUCAGUGUGAGAGCCACACAGAUAACAAU